UCUGCGGGCGUCGCUGGACGCGGCGUGAACUUUAACUACAGCAAGGCGGUGGGAAAAGGUGCACAUCUAACCCCAGAACACCUGUUUGAUUAAAGGAGCUCUGCUGGAAUAUUUUUUCAGAAAACGUUGACCUCCAGCUCGUCCCAGCUCCGGACAAACCAGCUCUGCCAGGCCCGGAGCGACGGCCAGCGUGUGGGCGUAUGUCGGCGCACUUGUGAUUGAGUGCUUUCAGAAUCGGUGCGUGUUGGACGUCUGGUUGCGUGAGAAUGAGGGCCGUCGUGCUGCUGUGCCUCUUCGUGGUCACCGAGGUCGGAGCCACCAGAUUAGUGCGAGAUUCCCAGGGUGGACCUGAAGCUUUAGAGCCCCCCAAGAACAGCAGCUCGGUGCAGCUUCCCCUCCCCAAGCCGGGGCGCGCUCGCAGCCCCUUGCCCCCCAUGUGCAUAAAACCCACAGAGAUCAAGCAUGCCUUCAAAUACGUGAACACCAUCAUAUCCUGCCUGAUCUUCGUGGUGGGGAUCAUCGGCAACUCCACGCUGCUGAGGAUCAUAUACAGGAACAAGUGCAUGAGAAAUGGACCCAACGUGUUGAUUGGAAGCCUGGCGCUGGGAGACCUGCUUUAUAUUAUCAUUGCCAUCCCCAUCAAUGUGUACAAGCUAAUAGCGGAGGACUGGCCGUUCGGCGUGUACGUUUGUAAGCUGAUGCCGUUCAUCCAGAAAGCUUCAGUGGGAAUCACCGUCCUCAGCCUGUGUGCCCUCAGCAUCGACCGCUACCAUGCCGUGACAUCGUGGAGCAGGGUGAAGGGGAUGGGGAUCCCGCUCUGGAAAGCAGUGGAGGUGACUCUGAUCUGGCUGGUUGCUGUGGUGCUGGCGGUCCCCGAGGCGCUGGCGUUUGACAUGAUGGAGAUGCCGUACCGAGGCAACAAACUCAGGAUCUGUCUCUUACAUCCAGAGCAGGCCACCAGCUUCAUGAAGUUCUACCAGGAGGUUAAAGACUGGUGGCUGUUUGGCUUCUACUUCUGCUUCCCGCUGGUCUGCACGGCAAUCUUCUACACGCUCAUGUCCUGCGAGAUGCUCAGCCGCAAAAAAGGCAUGCGCAUCGCGCUCAACGACCACAUGAAACAGCGGAGGGAAGUGGCGAAGACGGUGUUCUGUCUCGUGCUGAUUUUUGCCUUCUGCUGGCUGCCCCUUCAUCUCAGCCGUAUUCUGAAGAAAACAGUCUACGACCAGAAUGACCCCAACCGCUGUGAGCUGCUCAGUUUCCUCUUAGUGAUGGAUUACAUCGGCAUCAACAUGGCCUCGCUCAACUCCUGCAUUAACCCAAUUGCCCUCUACUUCGUCAGCCAGAAGUUUAAAAACUGUUUCCAGUCCUGCCUGUGCUGCUGGUGCUACCGGACGCUUCCUCUGGACGAACGAGGCUCGGGGGGUCGGUGGAAGGGCUCGUGCCACGGGAAUGGACUCGACCGCUCCAGCUCCCGCUCCAGUCAGAAAUACACAAGCUCCUCAUAAACACACACGUACGUUACACAGCUCGACCACUAAACCAACGCUCCCAUCAGCUCCCAUCACGGAGAAACAGUGCCGUCGCUGGCAUCACGCUGACAAUCACAUCUGAGUCAAGAGAAGGAAGGUGGAGGUCAUUUUUUUCGACGGGACUCGCCUCAGACUGAAAGAACUCAGAAGUCCACCCAAACUGAUGAAUAAAAUGACAGGAAUGUACCUGCUGAGGCUGUAAUACUAAAUGCAAACGCUAUGAUGAAACCAACGCUGCAUAAAUGUGAUCACACUGAGGACUGAAGGGCUCUCAGCGGACCACAAAGGUAAAUACAUUUGUAGAUAACACUACGUCAAAAAGCACUUGUAAAUUCAUGUACAGUAUUAUUUACUAGCAGAUAUCCGACUUAUACUUAUCUUGCCAAGGUUUUUCAAAGUAUGAAUAAGCGCUGAUCAGUACCACCUGUUGAAGCUUUAAUACCUCACAGGAAAAGCUUGAGGGAAACUCUGACACUGAGUCCUUUGAGAGCCAGUGCCUCAAGGCCGCUCGUCUUUUUACUGAAAUAAUCUGAGAACACUAGCUGAUCAUUUGACGAUGAGGUAAGUGUGCCUUGUACACCCAUGUGCAUAUGUUACUUCAUAUUCGAGUAAAACAGGCACCGCUGUGUACCUUACAGUCAUGUGGAUAGUUGCACAUUGUAAAUCUUUCUCCUGGUUUUUUUUUUUUAUCAUUGCUUUAAGUCAUGUGGUGCCAUCGGUUUUUCCAGAACACGUCGACAAAAACACCAGAUGAUCCACAUCAUGCAUCAUGUAUAAACGCCCUAACAAUGUAGCUUUUAUUUUUGUAAGGACCCAGCACCAAGCACAGGCAGAGCCUGUGUAAGCUUUCAAACCAUUUACUUUCAAAUACUUCACCUCAAUCAGACAGGUAAUGUUACAAAGAUGUUAGUAUCGCCGGGAAAACAAAAAACCCCAAAAAACAUUGGACUUUACUUGUAAUAAUUGAGGAAUCGUUUUUUUUAUGAGCCAUUUGAAAGCUUUUGAAAGAAAAAGAGACUGUGUACAGCUGGAUGAAUGUUUUUAAAUGAGAUCACAUUUCUAUAACAACAUGGGGCAGGCCUGGCGGCGGUUUUGUUAGCUUUGUUGCCACGCGGCCAGAACGUCCAGCGGGCGUGGAGGCUUCUUUCCAGGAACACAGUUAAUUGAUGAACCCCGCCUUUAACCCCCGUCUCAUGACUCUGCAGUAUAACCCAGUAUAGAUGUGUAGAGAUGGAUCCCGAUGUGUUGCUAUUAUUUCCUGUAAAUACAAGUCCCACUGAAUCCAGGUCAAACUUGGUGAAUUAACCCAUUUAUCUAAUAAAGGUGUGAAUUACCCCAGCUAAGAAAGGAUUUCUUAAUGAGAGGGGGAGACUGCAGACUAAUAAGAGAAAGGUGUUCCUCGUGCUUUCAAGAGGGAAGGGCACGCGUAUAUUAGUCACAUAUGUACUUCAGGAAAAGGAUUUAAGUCCUGAAAAGAAACAUGCAAGGUGGAGCGCCUGGAGAAAACCCACACAGGCGCUGUGAAGGCACGCCAGCUUCUCCUGGACAGACUCCAGCAACCUUUCAGCUGCGAGGUGACACAACUAUACCCUGCAGGUUAUGAUAUAUCCUUCAUGUCUUACAUGUCUGGCACAUUGCAAAAGCACUGAAAUAAAUAAAGUAAUCCAUCAUGUCCAUUUACGGCACAUUUGCCCUGCUUGUAGGCACGUCUGAAUGUGACCAUGUACGGGCGUUUCUGGGGAUGAACAAUGAAGUUAUGAGAUGUAACAAUCAGCAGAGAUUGGACAUGAAAUGAUAUGUGUUUUACUAUAUUGGGCCUGUUGACUUAAAUACAUUUAUGCAGUACUUAUUUGUGCAAACUAUACAACAAUAAACAGUAUUUUAUA